CUUAAAUAGUUAUAUGAUGUAAUCAUAACAUAUUAUCAUUAUGAAGGGUAUAUAUAUCAUCCCGGGAUAAUAGUCCAUGGAGUCAGAAUCAACCACAGGAAUACAUUGUCUUAGAGGGGCGGAUAUGUAUACUAAAAUAAACAAAAUGAUGAAGAUACAACCAGCAGGAGGCUGGCCUAAGUACCAUAGUUACUACGUAGAGAAAAAGACAUCAAACAUACAUCAAAGGAACUAUAUCUAUAUGAAGCACCAGUAUACAAAACGUCAAUCUUCUCAAAAAGUGGUAGCAGCUGUCACCGGAAAAUUCUUCCAAGAUGUAAAGUUACCACAGCAAAAAACCCAGGACGAUGGUGUUCUUUUCCCAGCGGUGUUAUCCCCAAACCAUAACACUGAUUCUACUGCAGUUGAAGAACUCCAUGAUUUUAAAGAAGCGAUUGGAGCUCAGAAGGUAUGGCUGGAGUCUCUUCUCCAGAAAACCGGUGCUAUUCUUUUCCGAGGCUUCCCUGUCGCCUCACCUUCUGACUUCGAUCAAGUUGUCAAUGCUUUCUCCUACGUUGAAUUUCCCUACUUCGGAGGCGUAGCCCCUCGGACGAAGGUCGUUGGCCGUGUUUACACCGCAAAUGAAUCUCCUCCCCAUAUUGGAAUUCCUUUCCAUCACGAGAUGUCUUACGCUCCUGAUUUCCCCACCAAGGUAUUUUUCUAUUGUGACGAAGAACCAGGAGAAGGGGGAGAAACUCCGAUAGUUUUGAGUCAUAUCAUAUACGAAAAGAUGAAAGAGAGACACCCUGAGUUCGUUAUGCAACUGGAGGAGCAUGGAGUGAUGUAUUCAGACAUAAUCUACGGUGAAGACGAUCCAUCAUCUUUCACCGGUCGUAAUUGGAAGUCAAAAUUCAACACCGAAGACAAGAGUGUUGCUGAGGAAAGGGCAGCAAAGCUUGGGCUAAAGCUGGAAUGGAUUGGGAAUGCUGUUAAACUUACAUCAACUCCACUGCCAGCCAUCAGGUUUGACAAAGAGAGUCGCCGGAAUACAUGGUUCAACACUAUUGCAGUUACUUACAGUGACCCUUCGGGCAAAACGUUUAGUAGCGCCGGGGGUAAAACGGUGCAGAUCGGUAAUGGCGACCCUGUGCCUGAUCAUGCUGUGGAAGACUACUUCAAGAUUGUGGAAGAAGAGUGUGUUACGAUACCAUGGAAGAAAGGCGAUGUUCUGCUUAUUAAUAAUUUGAUGGUUCUUCAUGGCCGGAGACCACUACUAAAGCCGCCACGUCGAGUACUGGCUUCCCUUUGCAAGUGAUCAGAAAAGUUGAGUGAUCGCCUCUUUGAAGCAUUAGCAUUUCACUGAAGGCAAUGUGUCAAAAAGAUGCAGUUUAUGAUAAAGAGUGAUAAAUAAACGGAAAUGCAAACAAUAAAACAAGAUUAUUUCCCUAUAUGCAUAAGUAGUUUUUGUAAUAUGUAAUAACAAGAAUGUCUUUUUUACAUGGGUGUUAGGUUUAGAGAAAUAUCAAAUGGGUUUGUUUUUAGCAUAAUGUCACACUUACAAAAACUCUACUGUUUAGUUUGGUCGAAUGAUAAGAAUACGACUGAAAACGGA